AUGUUGGCUUCGCGAUGUCGCGUGUUGGCCGCAGCGGCCUCCGGCAGUUUCUUGGGCAUGUCCUACACCCAUAUGGAUGAGGUGCGGGCCACUGGCUUUCCCAAAGUGGACCAUGCAAAAACCAAGGACGUGGCCGCCACACGCUGGUUGAAGCUGCAAACGUUGACCUACCGUGAUCAACAGGGCACGGAGCGUGCUUGGGACGUGGUAAGUCGCACCACCAAGAGCCACUCCCGCGUGGCUGCCGGCGUGGAUGCGGUGAUCAUUCUACCCCUGCUGCGCUCCAAGAAGCAGCAGCUGGUGGAGACGCUGCUGGUGCAGCAGUUCCGUCCCCCCGUGGACUCCUGCACCGCCGAGCUGCCGGCCGGUCUCAUCGACAAGGGCGAGACGGCCGAGGAGGCUGCAGUACGCGAGCUCAAGGAGGAAACCGGCUACCACGGUCACGCAUCCCAGGUCUACGGGCCGCUGACGAUGUCGCCGGGGAUUAGUGAUGAGACGGUGAAACUGGUGGUGUUGGAGGUGGAUUUGGAUCGCCCGGAGAACCAGACACCGCGCCAGGACCUGGACGAGGGCGAGUUUAUCCAGGUACGGCGCAUCCCAUUGGCCAAGCUUCCCACGGAGCUGCGCAAGCUGGAAGCGCAAGGUGUGAUGCCCAUCACAGGUCUGUACACCUUCGCGCUGGGCAUAGAGCUGGUCGAAGUUCCAUCAGAUCUUCAGAGAUUUCGCAGAAAGUUUCUGCGGUUUGUCCCCAUGAC